AUGGGUAUCUUUGAUAUCCGACUUGGGGAUAACGGCAUUCGCUUCCGCCUUCAAUAUUUGUUGGCUAUGAGAGAGAAAGAAAAGAUCCCUGAUUCGGCCAUCAAGUCCCUCAGGAAGUAUUUGACUAAACUUGACCCCAAGCAUGUUUUGAGAGAGUGUUCCGAGGUUUUACCAGCAGACUAUCAAGGAGACCCACAGAACCUUCCCAGAAAGGUUGGAGAACAUCCUGACGUUCUUAUCCGUCUCAUCUUGCUUUACGCCUACCUUCGCUCUCCGGAAAGAGCUGCCAACAGUGGAACUCCUCGAGGGGAAGUCAGACCCAGCCGAACCAUCAUUAACCUUCUCUGGUGGGUUUUCGUCAAGUAUGCGUACCAGAACACCGAGCCACUCUACUUGCCCCAGGCUAUCAAGCUUCUUACGAAAUAUGAGGAAUGGUUCAUCCCUCUCCUGAAAGAAAACUGGGAGGAGGAUCCCGACAGAUGUUGUGAUAUUAUGAUGGGAUGGUUCUUGAACGGUCUCGAGAAGUAUGGUACGUUAGUUCGCCAUACUGAACCGCAAAACCACCCGGUUAUGCGUCAGCUCUUCCGCCACAAGGUUGGCAUCGAGGUAGCCAUCAGCUUGCUUGACUACCAACAUCAGGAUGAUCGCAUCCCAAUCUUCGAUCCUAACAAGGACCGUGUCAUCAUCUCGGCAUACACCUUGUUCUACUAUGCUGUGAAGGUUAGCCAAAAGUAUCAUGACGAGGAAGUCAUCAUGGCGACCAUCAAGACGAUGGCGGGGACGUUUUUGAACGUCAACUACUUCGACGUCCCGGAGGACUACAGAGCAAAGGGGUACGAUGGGCUCCGAAAGAUGGGGAUGGAGCUUCUGGGUGCGGCCAACGAGGCCGCCCUAGAGAACGCUGCGAUGAAGUGUCGCACCGAAACCGGAUGGAACAACAUCCGGGACACUUUGGUCAGCUUGUACGAACGCUGCCGCCGGUGUGCCGAGCACGCCUUCAACCCUCCCCCGAACAUCAACGGGGACCACUACCAGGAGAUCAUUAAGAGGUUCAAUGACUCCGCCGUUUGCAUCACGCAGGUGCUCGAGCUCCUGCUUAUCCUCAUCCCACGCGAUCGCCUGAUGCGCCUUCGCCUUCGCCACUACGACACGACGACGACGAUCUGCAAGCUGAUCGACAUCUUCGUGUCCAAGCCGGACACGGCUCCGGGGUCACACAGGCGUGUGACCCCAGUCGCGGCCUUCUCGCGGGUCCCCAAGCCCGCCCGUGAAAACUUGGGGCAGAUGAUGAAGUGCUGUGCAAAAUACUUGCAGGCACUGUACAGGGAGUGGUCCGCCGAUGAUGUCGUCAGCGGCGAGAUGAUGGUCCAGAGGGACAUCAUCUUGGAGUUGGCGGCGGAGGGGGACGUGGCGGGGGAGUUGUUGUUGCGGGCCGAGAGGGCCACCCGUUUUUAA